GACACUGUUCUAAUUGUUAUUUUUACAAUAAAUAAAAGUUCUUUGUACCAAAGUGAAUUUGUACAUUUAAAUAUAUAAAUAUGUCAUUUGCUAUAGCAGAUUCACAAAGUCUGCUUCAAUCACAAUCUAUUAAUUUUGCUUGCCCAGUUUGCAAUUCUACAUAUGUAAAUAGAAAAGAAUUUUAUAGUCAUUUACAUGUCCAUGCUGGAAAUGUAUUAAAACAUAUGCAAUUAAAAAAAAAUGUAAAUGAUGAAUCAAAGUUAGAGCUAAAAUGUUUUGAUCAGCAAAAGAUUAACAAUGAUUUAUAUGAAGCAGUAUUAAGACCUUUCAAAUGUCAACGAUGUAACUUAACAUUUGAUCGAGCUUCUCAAUGUGAUUAUCAUCAUAGAAGUAUACAUCUAGGUGAAAAGUCACAACUUUGUGAAAUUUGUGGUAAAGGUUUUUUUCGAAAAGCAGAUUUAAGAACGCAUUUGAAUAUACAUCUAGGUACAAAUUUUUGUAUCUGUGAAAUUUGUGGAAGGAAAUUUAAUCAUGUAUCUAAUUUAAUUAGACACUGCAGAAUGCAUGCUGGAGUGAAACCGUAUCCGUGUUGUAUUUGUGGUAAACGUUUUACUCAAAUCAGCUCUGUUGUAAGGCACAAACGUAUUCAUGAAAGAUUGAAACAUGAUGUUAAGCAACAAUUACAAAGCAAUUAUGAUAAUAUUAAUAUGGAAAAAGAAGAUCAGGAUGUUCAUAUCAAUAAGUUUGUUGAAGGUCAUGUAUCUGUUCAUCAAAAGGUUAUUAAGAGACAACAUUAUUGUAAAAUUUGUGGUAAAAGUUUCAGUUUUAUUUUUCUCUUAAGGGAACAUGAGAAGAUUCAUUCACAAGAUCCUGUUAAUUUGGAAUGCACAAAUACCAAGAUGAUAUCAGCAGAAAAUAAACAUGAAUGUGAUACAAAUAAUAUUGACCUUCCCAAAGAUGAAACAAGUAUUAAAAAAGUAUUGCCAUUGGAUACAAUUAUUUAUAUUACUUCAGAACAGUUAAAGAAAAUUAAUCUGGAAAACAUUGAAGAUAUCAAGGAUCACAUCUCACAAGAAAAUUUAAAUGAAGGAAAGGAGAAGAUUAUAACGACUAAUGAAUUAAAUAUUCCUGAGAAGCUAGUAGUAUUUAACAAUGAUCAAACUCAGUUCAUUCAUGAUAAUCCUGUUUUGUUAUGCAAAACUAGCAAUCCUAUGGAGAAAGGAAGUGUUGCCUAUGUUUGCCAAGUGGAUGAAAGUAUACUUAAAAACACAUCAGACAUACAAACGUGUGAAACAGAUGUACAAAAAUUGGAAACACUACAAAGUUAUAAUAAUCUGACAAAUGCUUCUUUAAAUGUCACUGAUAUGUUUCAAAAAAUAGAUUUGUCAGAAUCGACUAUCAAUGAACAAAUCAAUUCUAAUUCGAGUUUACAAAAUCAUCAAGAAAUAAAUGUACAAACUGAAAAAAUUUCUGAUGAUUCAAAUGACAUAGACAUUACAAAUCACGAUGAAUCAAUGUUACGUUUAGUACAAACAGAAACAGGGGAACAAUUUUAUGAAUUCCUAAUUAACAAUUUAGUUGAAAAAUUACCGAAUACACAACCUGUAAAAGUUUCCGCGAAUAGAGAUGAAAGUACAAAUCUUUCGGAAAAUAUAACAAAUACGUGUAUGAACGUUAAGAGUACAAAUGAAGAGAUACAUCAGGAACAGAAUAUACGCGAUGAUAUACCUAACGAUCUAAGUUAUACACCAUAUGAAUUACAACGCGAUGAGAAAUGUUUUGUGACAAACCAGAUUCUAUUAGACACGCAAACUGAUUUUGAUAAAUACGUUGAUACGAACUUUGAAGUUUUUGAAAGAUUAAAUUAUGAAGACAGCUCAGAACGAUUUUUUGAAUUUGUUGAAACUGCAGGAGUCGAAAAUCAAAAUUUAAAAAUUUCCGAAUGCAAAGAAAGCGAACAAUUUUUACAAUUUCAGAACUUUAAUAAAAUCGAUACAAUACAACAGAAUGAAAAAGAUACUGUUAUUAAUGACAAUGAACAGAUUAUUAACAAGGAUGCGCAGUGUGACAUUACAAAUCAAAUUGAUCAAACGAAUAAAGAUCAAGCACAAACAAAUAAUUCCACCGAAAACAAUGAAAAAAUAGAUCAACAACAGGAAUUGAAAACUUCGAAAAUAGUUUCGAUAAAAUUUCAAUGCACAGUAUGUGAAAAAUCAUUUUCAACUAGUUAUAAUUACAAACAACAUAUAGGUACACAUUUUGCUGAUCAACAAAAAUUUCAUUGUAAAGAAUGUAAAAUGUCAUUUGCAUGGAAGUCAACAUUAAAUAAACAUAUUGCAAGUAAUCACAGACCUGAGGGUCCUCAAAGGUUUGCAUGUGAUAUAUGUAAAAAAAUGUAUAGCACCUCUUCCCAAGUAAACGAACAUGUAAAACGAGAUCAUUUGAAAGAGCGAAACCACGUUUGUUCUUUGUGUGGUAAAUCAUUCUUUAAAAAAUAUGAUUUGAAAAUACAUAAUAGAAUACAUACGGAUGAACGACCGUAUGUUUGUCGUGCUUGCGGGAAAAGAUUUCAUCAUCGAAGUCAUAUUAUUCGUCAUGAACGCAUACAUUUUUAGGGAAGAAAUUAAUGAACAUGCAUAAAUUCUUGUAUUAUUAAAUUAUUCAUUUAUUAUAUUAUUUAUUCCGAUAUCUAUUAUGAUAGAUACUGAAUAUUGUAAUGUAACUGUAAUUGAAAUGUAUUAUGAGUAAUAUUUUUUCA